UCAAGCCAUACAGAUCAAAGGGUGGGAACUAUGGCGGGUGAUGAAGAAAUGGAAGAGCUUGUGGAGUUCAUUGAAGACAUAGAUGGGGCAGAGGGUCAUGAAUUUCACCUUUCUGAUGGUAGAGUGGACGUAGAUGCGGUUCUGCAGGUGUUCGGGGCUAACUCCAUCUCCGUGAAGCGCGAGGAGCCACCAAGGGUCCAAUGAAGGACUCUUGAACCAAGAAAAGAAGAUGGUCUCAGCAAACCGAAAUUUCGGGCUGGAUCUUCUCAUGUCAUUCGUCCCACGAGAGUCGCGAGAGAGCCCAUUACUCAAGGUACUGAACGCCUGCCCGUCCUUUAUCAAUAGCGUUUGUUGUGCAGGGGUUGUGGAAGCUAUACUACGGAAGUUUGGCGAUGACCUGUCGGGCAGUAUUUCCACCAUGACCCCUGAGCACGCGUUCAAAAAAAAGUACCCGCUCACCAAGGUUCCAAUUUGCCAGCUACAGGUUCCGGAAGGUUGGCAACCGAGUCUUUUGUGGCAUGGUCUGGAGCAGCCUCUUGGUUCUGGAGAGAUUCUUUCAUCGAUGAGAAUGAGCAAGCCCCGUCUUUUGAUUCUAUUCGACGUCUCUGGAUCUGGAAAGACGCGUUGCUUAUACGAGAUUGCGGCGCAGCGGACCUGUCUUUACUUCUCCGGCGUCUGUUCCGAUUCUCCUACCGCUGAUGGCUCCCGGGACCUGUUGGUUGUGUCCGAGACACUGCAGAGGCUGUAUCCAACAGGUCCGAUUCCCGUUUCAUCCCUCAAGACCUGUUUGAGGGCGGUGCUCCUGUCAAGGCUUUUCAUUCACCGGAAAUGUGACGACCUCCUCAAGCCACUCAGCAAUUUGACAUUUCUUUUCAAGCAGGUUAUGCACGAGCAGCUCCACUAUUUUGAGGAUGACCCUUGGGCCUAUUUAACCGAGUGCAUCUUGACGCUGGCGAAGUCAGCAGAUGAUCUUCCUGCAUUGGAGUCCGUGUUGGCCAUGAUGCUCCUUGCGUACACCUGGGACUGGCCGAUUAUUUUGGACGAGUGCCAGGAGGUGAACACAUAUCUGAAAGACAGGUUUAUGACAGGGGAUGGGGAGACGAGAUCAAUGCUUGAUAAUUUGUUACUGCUCUACAUAGUGCGGGGUUCCGCAACACAGUAAUCUUUACUGGGACUGGGAAAUCACUGUUUUAUGUGUCCACUCACAUCUCCGAGACACUGAAAUUCCGUGUGAGCGUCUUGUGGUAUACAUCCUUUGGCGAGUUUCGGGAUGGUCAGUCCCUGCGGCAAUAUGCUAGCAAUAUACUGGAGGAUUGCAGCGUUAUAG